UUUUUCAAGGCUCUGCUCAAUCAAUCUCCUGUUUGGUCAACCACACUUCAUUUUUGUUUGCAUUUAGCUACGAAUUGAGUUCUGACAGACAUCUCUGCAGUUCCCGGAUCUGGAAUUCCUUAUUUCUCUUCUCUGUUUCCUGCAUUCCUUUGAGGCUUGGCUCCAUCAAUCUCUUUUUACUGUCUUUGUAGGUGAUUAGGGAGGAAUAGCCUAAAAAGAUCCCACGUGUGGGGCGUCUUCCUCAACCUCUUUUACUGCCUCUGUAGGCUCUGCUCCUCCAAUUCUCCCGAGAUGGAAAGAAAUGGACCCACUCAUUCAGAAGAUCCGAAACCCAGGGAUUCUUUCUUGUCGACCUCUGCCCUUGUAGCUGAUUAUGAAGGCGGAACCAAGAAGAUGGAAGGAAACGAUUACGGAGUGUUUUUAAGCUUUAGAGGGAAAGACACUUGCCAAGGCUUUACCGAUUAUCUCCAUACUAGCCUUGUUGAUGCAGGAAUUUACAUGUUCAAAGAUGACAAUAAGCUCUGUAUUGGUGACGAGAUUGGUCCGGAGCUUCUCCGUAUUAUUACAUUGUCUAGGAUCUCAAUCCUGAUUAUCUCGGAGGAUUAUGCUUCCAGCGAAAGCUGCCUUUGCGAGCUAGCUCAUACGUUGAAGUGCAAGAGAAACGGAGGGCAAAUAGUGUUGCCCAUAUUUUACAAAGUUGAACUAUUGCACUUGCGAAAUCCUAUAGGAAGAUUGAGAGAUGCUAUCAAUGCACAUAAAAAGAAUUUGGACAAAAUGAUUGUGAACGAAUGGGAAGAAGCGCUCAAAGAAGUUACUUCCUUGAAAGGCUGGGAAUCGGAGAAAAUUGACAACAGGCAUGAAGGAACAUUAGUUAAAAUAGUUGUCAGAAAAAUUAUGAGUGAGUUAAAAAGACUGUUUCUGCUAAAUUUUCCCAAACAAUUGGUGGGAAUUGAUGAUCGUGUCAAACAUAUUAUGAGCUUUAUAGAUGCUAAAUUCAGUGAUACAAGGAUUAUCGGAAUCUAUGGAAUGGGGGCAUCGGUAAGACAACUCUUGUAAAGGUGUUAUACAAUGAACUUUCAAGUCAUUAUGGGUAUCGUAGCUUCGUGGCAGAUAUUCGAGAAACAUCUAAGCGCAAGGGUAUUGAAUGCGUGCAAAAGUAGCUCAUUUUUGACAUAAUAGGAGAUUUGUAUAAUGUAUCUAAUGUCGACGACGGAAUCAGUAUCCUUAAAUCUUGAUUUACAAAUAAGAAAGUCCUCAUUAUUCUUGAUAAUGUGGAUGAUAAUACUCACUUGAAUGCUUUGGUCGAAGAUGGUAGUUGGUUUAAAGCAGGAAGUGUAGUCAUCAUCACCACUAGAGAAAAGAGCAUUCUUGACAAGGCUGGGGUAAGCCACAAGUAUUCACUCAACGAGUUGCUUUCGGAUCAAUCGUUGGUUUUAUUUAGUAGACACACAUUUCGAAAGGAUUCUCCUCCGAGUGAUUAUGAAGGUAUCUCUCAUGAUAUCGUAUCUACUAUUGGGGGGCUCCCUUUGGCUCUUGAAGUCAUGGGGUCAUUCUUAUAUGGAAGGACAAAAGAAGCAUGGAAAGCUACAUCAAAGAAGUUAGAGAAAGCGUCUGAUAAGAAAGUGCAAGAGACGUUGAGGAUAAGCUACGAUGCAUUAGGCUACGGGGAGAAACAAAUAUUUUUGGAUAUUGCAUGUUAUUUCAUUGGACAAUCUUGAGAAAUUCUGAUUUAUAUGUGGGAUGCUUGUGGCUUUUUCCCUGAGAAAGGGAUUGAAGUAUUGAGUCAUGUCCCUCAUUAAAGUUAACGAAGACGGCAUGUUAAUGAUGCAUGAUCAGCCGAGAGAUCUUGGGAGGGAAAUUAUUCAUCUAGAGAAUCCAAUGGAGCCUCAAGAGCGUAGUAGAUUAUGGAUUGAAGAGGAAGCCGAAUGUGUGCUUGAUGGCAAUAAGGUAAGCAUUUUCUCGACUUGUCUUGGUCAGUGAAGGCGGGUCAAUCUCCUCUUUCUUGUUUGAAACAAAAAUUAUUGCCAAUCCUGAAUCCCCAAAACUUACUGCUUCCGCCAA